CUAGUGGGUGAAAGCUGUCUUCCUAAAACCCAACACACCACCACCACCACCACCAUCACUGCACUGGCCCCCACGACAAAACGUUGUUGUAGCUGAGCCAGUCUGCACCGACACCGACACACACGGGACAACCGACCAGAGCACGCAAGCACACGCACGUACACACGCACACGCACGCACACGGGAGGAAACCUUUUGUUGUUCGACCUAGUGGCAUUGAUUUGCAUAUCCACUUCCACUCCUUCCUCAUUUGCAUACAGCAAGAAUGGCGAGCGGGCAUCCCACAGACAAAUUCAGUUUCAUGUAUCAACCAGACACGCACAAGAGUAAGAACAGGUUAUCUUCAGCUAUGAAUCCAGUCUACAGCCCUGUUCAGCCUGGCACCCCGUAUGGAAACCCAAAGAACAUGGCCUUCGCAGGCUAUCCAGGGGGUUAUCCUGCCACGGCUCCUACCUAUACACCCAACCUCUAUCAAACAGGCAGUCCUGGGUAUCCACCAGGAUAUACUCAAGCAGGCACUCCAUACAAAGUGCCCCCUACUCAGUCAAAUGGAGCCCCCCCUCCCUAUACCCCUACCCCCACCCCAUACCCAACAGCUAUGUACCCCAUCCGCAGUGCCUACCCUCAGCAGAACCUAUACGCACAGGUAAUGGGAGCGUACUAUACCCAACCAGUGUAUGCGGCCCAGCCACACGUGAUCCAUCACACCACCGUGGUGCAGCCCAACAGCAUCCCCUCCACAGCCCUGUACCCUGCCCCCGUCCCUGUACCUACUCCUCGCAACAACGGCAUGGCUGCCAUGGGGAUGGUAGCCGGGACAACCAUGGCCAUGAGUGCAGGGACCCUGCUGACAACGCCCCAGCACGCCCAGAUCGGAGGACACCCAGUUACUGUGCCAACCUACAGGCCCCAAGGGACACCUGGGUACAGCUACGUACCGCCUCACUGGUAGAGCCCACCCAUCAUAUCUGGAGUCCACCAUCGUAUGCAACUGCUCAAAUCUUACACGGGCUCCCUAUGGUAACCAUGGGAACUUGGCACCUGUCUGCAAGAACAAAACUAAAGUGCAACAGCCACUUUACCAUUAUUGUUAUUGUUAUUAUGCGACAUUCUCUAACGUUUUUACAAAAGCUGCUUUUGUUUUUAUUUUUUUUCUCUGUUCAUUUGCCAACCAGUCAUUACUUUAUUUUUUUACGGUUGUUAUUUUCUUUUUUUUAAAGGAUUUUUUUUUUUUCCCUCAUUUUCUUUUGCUGUGUCUGUCAUCGGAACUCCAGAAGGACUCUUGACCAAUCACGGGUGUCGGUCGCUCCUGUUUGUGUUGUGCUGGUGUGUGUGGUCCUGCCUGCUGCUCAGUUGGCUGGGAAAUAUCGGGCACUUAUUCCUCAUUAUCAUCUCCAUCAGUCACUACAAAGACUUAUUGACUUAUGCUGCCAAAUUUUCUAACAAGUAGAUAUCAGCACAGGGUUUUAACACAAUUAGGAAUUUUAAUUUUUUUUAAUUUCUUUUGCAGGUUAUUUAAUUUUCAAUAUUCUUUCUUUUUUUCCACACUCAAUUGAAUGACCUUUUGCUUUUUCUUGUAGACUUUCUCCUACUUUUGUUCCUCUUUCUUCAUCCUUUUUUUUCUUUCUUUUUUUAAAAUCCACUUUAUUUCAAUUUCAGUUUAAUCUAAGUCGUCUUCCAGCACGUUUGCUGUCUGUCCGGCAGUAGUGAGUCCGUCAUCCCUGUCGUUACGUCUCAAUGUAAGUGCUGUGUCGCUACGAACAGAGCACUUACCAUUAUCCCAUCAUGCUGCGUGUCCCAGUGUCCACAUUAGCAUAAUACCCAGUGUACACUAAGGAAACGUCACCUACUUUAUGCUACAUACUAUGCAGGCUAGUAUGUUGUGACACUAUCGAAUCUUAAUCUAGCUAGAAAACAUUUGGGGUCGCCUGGGUCAUGUCAGCUUUUUAUGUGGUUAGCGUAGGUCAAAGCAUUUAGAAAAUGUAAAAAUAUUUAUAAUAACCGUGUCAACAGCAUGGGUGGUUGUGCACACUUUUCACACACAUACACAAAAACAUCAACAUGCACAGGGGCUCCUGUGGCGUGUCGAAAAACACAUGAUCACUUAGUGGCACUUACUGUACAGUACCUCCAGUUAUGUCGUUACUGAUCAACAUACACACACACACACAAAAGCAAACACACACACACACACGCAACAUGGAUCCUAGGGGUGUGCAUGGCAGACACAGCCAGCAGAGAAGGAGUUUAAAGGGAUUGUGUUGGCACCGAGAGAGGAAGAGCAGGACGAGACAGAGAGAGGGGCAGACAAAGUAGGAUGAGGAGGAUGAGGAGGAUGAGGAGGAUGAGGAGGAAGAGAAGGAGGAGACAACGUGGUCACAGUCAUUUCAAUUCAAGGCACAAGAUAUUUGAGUUUGUGACAUCUCACCUGAAAGAGACUGCACAGACACAUUGCCGUUUGCACUACACGUGUUGAACUGUGGUUUCUCACUGUGAUUAUGUCGUCUCCUCCCUCUUUCUCCCAGAAGAGGACCAAUAACCAAACACUCGACAAACAUAAACCCAGACUCUGAGCAUACACUUAUAAAUGGACAAGUUGAAUACAUGAGCCCAGCAGCUGGAAGGGAUUUAAUCUUUUAGCUCUGCAGGAACAUCUGGAUGCUCGUGCAGGCAGGAAAUUGUGUCCAACCAGGUGGCUGCAGUGUAUGUACACAUGGUCCAUAUCAUAAGGAUGUUUUAUUGUCAGAAUUUAGGUCAAACAUUACAGUUACAGACACUCCUGUGUGAGAGUGCAAGAGCUAAAUCGGAGUGCUGUGAUCAAAACAGGGCAGUGGUGAUGCAGUGUCACUCAGUCACUGGCUUUUAAACCAGUUCAGUCCCUCUUCAGAGGAUCAGAAGCUAAGCGGCAUGACUCCCCAGGGACUUUUAGUAGUUUUUAUGAAUAAAGAAUGAUACAUGUGUUCACAGCGCUCAUUUCUGCAAGUAGCUGUUAUUUACACACAUCUGCUUUUACUUACUGCAUGAAAACAUCCUCUACUACUUUUAAAGAAUAUCCAGCAUAAACUUGAUUUGAAGCAAAUAGUCAUUAGAUGAGGAUAAUAUUUAAGACAAUGGGACCCUAUAGAGCCAUUUACAGUUUCUUUAUUGCAUUAUUUAUGCUCCUACACACAGUAUCAUGAUCCAUCUUAAUUGAACUCUGCAGUGAGUCUUUGUUUAUUGGUUCUUGCCUUGAGAAAGGGGUGGGUGACAAGGGUGGUGAUGGUAGGGUUUAGUCUAUAGGUGAGGCCUGUGGCAUUUUUCAGGAUUUACACAAUAACAAAUAAGACUCAAAUCACAGCUUCAUAAUCUGUAGAGAACAGAUUGGUAGAACAAGAGCAUUUACUGCGCAGGUAUGUAGAUGAUGUGGUUUGAUAUUGCAAUAAAAUAAGAGGGAAUGCCUCCAACUGUUGACAAACAGUAAUUAUUUUAUCAGCGUUUUGAAUUGAUUUUGAAAAAUGCUUAUUGUUGUAAUCUCUAAACAUGGACGACAGGCUGUGUAUGCCCUCCAUUCAAUAAUUAUUACCGCUAGGAAGAGUAGAACAUAUCAGAAAUUUGGGUAUUGAAUAACUUUGUGAGGAAAUAUUGCACAACAUAACGACGGAAAAAAACAAAACUUGAUGACUAUAAUUUAAUGCUAAGUAACAGGUACCUAGAAUUUUUAGUGCAAGAGGGAGGAAGAAGCAAUUUAUAUUGUAAUUAAAAAUAAAAUAAGGUCGAGUGUUUGAGGUAUUCUUAGUCCAGAUGUUUGUACACUAGUAGGUUAAUUCUAAAGAAAAUAUUGCAUAAUGCCGCUGUCGGAUGAAAACCUAUUUUUAAAAUGACCCCUUGUAUUUUAGAAGCCUGGAUAUCAAGUGGAUGUUAUUUAGGGUCAUUAAAUGCUCCCAUCAUUUAAGGAUCUUGUACAUUUUAAUCCCAUUUAAAAAAAAAUAAAUAAAAAAAUAGAGAUUCAAAAACUGGAUUUUCUUGCGACAGCAGUAAUGUUAUUUGUCAUUAGGAUUUAUUUAACCAACCACUACUUCUGUCAGUAUUUCUCAAUUAAACUUUUGUUUUUCUUCUUCUUCUUUCCCUCUGGUCAAUUGAGCAUAAUGGGUAUGCAUAAUAUUCAGGUGUAUUUCACUAUAGCAUUGGAUCUCUAAGUUUUAAAAAAUGCAGUAUAUUUAUACAGCAAGUGGUACAGUAAUGUAUUUCUAGCUAAGCAUGGUUGCAUCAGUGUGGCAGCUACUGUUUGUGCUUUUAAUAUAUAUUUUUUUUACCUCCUCUUCUGCAUAAUUGUCCUUUUUACAUAUCUGUUGCUGACGGGGGGAGAAGUUAAGAUGAGGUCUGUAAAUGAAGUUAGGACUUAGGAAAGCAUUUUUGGUUGGCUGAAGGAGGAUACCAUUAUGCUCCUUUUUUAAAAACCAUCUUUGCUCUCCAUUUCUGCUCUGUGGGUGCAAAGAUAUUUUGAAUGAUCAGUUGAAACCCUGAGCCUCAACGCCCUUUGUUCUAUGCCAUAUUUCACAAACUGUUGUUCAGUAAAUAACUUUCUUUUCCUAAGUAAACUUGUGAAUUCUGAGUCCUUGUUAAAUCUAGCUCCCUGUGAAUCUUGUUUUCAACGUACUGUUCUAUUUCUCACAUUGUUGUUGAUGCAUAUUGCCUGUCUCACUCUUAUCUUUCUGACUGUAUCCUCCCGUGUGUAUCCCUUUUUUGUCUCUCUGUGCCACGAGCCCACUCAGAGGACAUUUUGCAUCCCUCCAAGCAUCAAAACUACUUUUGUUUUUAUAACAUUCAGGGAUGCAAAAUGUCAGAUCAUGUGUACUGCUCCCUCCACUCUUCAGCUUUUCUUUUAACCCUCUGCUCUCAAACUGUCAUCUUUUCUUGGCCAUUAUGCGCGAUCAGUCUGACCUUUGCAACCCUCACUACCCUGUCUAAGUAGCAGUCAUAUUGAAUGAUAUGAUAAGUCAUUAAAUUUGUGUCAGCAAUGGUUAUAAUCUGCUGUAUUGCCUGUUUAAACACUAGAGGUCACCAGUGACAAAGUCUGGGAUUGGCAACACCAAGAUUUCAAGGCUGUGGGCCAACAUGAAAUAUAAAAAAGUCUCAUUUGAUUUAAGUGACUAUGAGCAGCUGUUUUGAGCACUGAGAUAUUUGAAGGAAAAAAAAAACUUUUCCAAAUUAAAUGUUUCUGUUAGAAAAUUUACAGAAAUGAAACAACAAGAUGCUAACUAUUAUUAUUUUUGUGGUGUAAACACUUCCUAAUAGGAGGAGUCAAUUAUUUGAGAUGGUAAUAAAAGGGGAAUUGUCCCUUUUUUGUGGACAGUGGACCGGUGCUCCAAAAAAACUGUAAUUCAGUUUUUUUGAAUGGAGUAGUUAAAGGAAAAACGACUCAGAGCAGUUUUUUUCAGGGUGGUGAAACUACAAUAUCCAUUUCACUCCAUUCCUUGCCUCUCAUUUAUUUAAAUUUGCACUUAAGUGAAAAUGGACAGUCGAACACUUCAGUGUUUAGGGGAGAAAAGCAAAGUUGUCUUAAUCAUGGUCUUUUAUAAUCUUUUUUUAAAAAACUUUCCUCUAUCUACAUUUCCAAGCAUUGAAAAGCGGUAACUUUAAUGAUAAUUUCUGACUUCUUUUGGGGGUUUUUUCACUAUAUUUUUUUACUAUAUUAUUUCACUUUGAUAGUGAAAAUGCGACAGAACCAUUCAUAACACCUCUCUCCUCUCCUUCCAUCUUCACUCUCUCCCCCCUUCUUCUUUUUUGCCUUGCAGUUGCUAAGUCUUAGUUUUUUUCAUGAAUAUAAAUUAAAACACUACUAUCACAGUGAAUAGUAGGCUCUUAAAUGUCUUUGAUGUUCUGCUGCAGCUUUUUAAUUUCAAUUUGUCAGAGAUAUUUCUUAGUUUAAUUUGACACUAAAUGUGAUGCAAAAAGUGGAAAUUCCUUGUCUUCCAAAAGAAAAAAGAAAAAAAAGCGUACUUGUAUCCCCCAACCGGAUCAAGUAUUAGGAACAACCCCAUCUUUGGAAGUUUUAGUUUGGUACCCAGUUUGCACAUGCUAUGGUAUAUCUGUUACCGUAAGGUUGUGUUUGAAACUGAAGCCCAACGUCUGUUCAGCGUUGAGAGAAGUGAAUUGUAUGUUAGCUAUUUGGUCCAGAGUGAAGGACCUGCGUCAGGCUUGUGAUAUGAAGUGUAAAUCUGUUUUUAAUUUGUUUUUUUAUGUUUUUUUUUCUUUUUGUUGUUGAGGGUUUUUUUUUUUUUUUAAAGAUCAGUUAGUGAUCUUAGUACUAUAACUAAGCCAAGUUUGUAAUUGUAUAUUUACUGUAAAAUGUAGAACAUUGAAUAACUAUUAAAAUUUUCCUA